AUAUAGAAGUACAAUAUUUUACUCAAAGAUCGGCAGAAGUAACUAAUAUGCAACGGGAGUUUUUUCACAAUGAUCUAAUGGAUUAAAUUUUAAAACAGUUUUAAAAUAUUAAUAAUUACGUAUGGUCUAAAUAUAAUUGUAGGUAACGAAAUAAUGAAAAUUCGUAGACGGCUGGAUGGGCCAGGCUGUUAAGGCGUCCACCGACCGCUCUGGGGAGUCGAGAUCGAUCCUGGAGAUCGGAUAACUUCACGAAUUUUUCAGUGUUAUUGUAGGGUGUUUCACCAUCAGUUGUCGACAUAGGAAAGAACUGACGUAUAUAUUCCACGUGUAAAGAUACGAGAAGGUUGGAUCGAUAAUAUAUAUUGUGCGCAAGUCUGGCCAGCAAGCAGUUCUCAGACUGUGACCAACAGCUCCAUGGCGAACCAACUGGUAUUUGGUUCAACUGUAUCAUCCCUAUUCCUCUACAUUACCAACAUAGGUAAGUUCACUGUUCAUCUUUACAUCCGUAAAAUAAAUAUUAAUUAAAUAUCAUAUUUAAAACAAAUAUUUCAUUAAAUAAAAUAGAUUUUAUGUAUAAAAAUCACUGCAUGUACUUGGUCUGUGAGAUAUUUCUGACGAGGUUACAUUUCUUUUGGCAAUAAAAUAAAAUGGAUUAUGAUGAUUCGGUUAAAGUCCUAUUCUGUACAGACGCAUCCAUUUCCCAUCAUGCAUCAGUGCUAUAUGUGUGUGCAGGAGUGUGUCACUAGGUCACAGUCACCCACGACAUUUGUUCUAUAAGUGCAUUGUCCCUGGUUAAUGUCGAAAAUCCCAUCUGAUUUCAUGUAUCGUAAUUUCGGAACAUAAAAUCUUCUUUAGUACAAAGGCUUUUGCAGAAAUGCAUCCUGUUAAAACCUAGUCAAAAAUUAUAUGUAGGUAUAUUAUAUUAUUUAUAUGAUUGUAAGCCUAAUGGAUGCGAUAUGCAGGCAGAAAGAUUCCGAACGCUUCGAUCUGUUUUUCAUAAAACGGUUUUUCUGCACGUUUGUUUAUUUAUUUUUGAAAAUGAUAGAAAUUGUAUUAAUUUCGUGCAAACAUUUGACUAUUUUUGGUAUAAAAUUUUUGAAGUUUCGCAUACGAACGAUUUUUUAAUAUUGAAAAGAUAGUGUUGCUGCUAUCUUUUCCUGUGAUCUAGUUAGCAGAGUUCAAUAUUUACACUCCUCUUUUGCUAAGGUGUUACGGUUGAUUUAAAGUAGUAUAGUGAAGAAACUUGUCAGUUUACAACAUUUCCUUUUACUCUUGGCUGAAUAGAAGCACAUACGCUUAAUAUAUCGACAAUAUAGGUAGGCUAUUAUUUACGUCGUUUUAUUAUAAUUUCGUCGAAGUAAUAAAACCAUCACUGGAAAAUGUGAAAGGUGUUUUGACGUGAUAUAUAAAAGACACAAUCUGGUUAAAGAUGACUUCUUCAUAUUUGCAUAAUCGCAGCUUCAGGAAUCAGCAGGUUUCACAGCAAGAUGCAUUAAGCCAACAACUGACAAGAAAAGCUAACUGGGAUAUUGCAAAUGACAGGGGAUGGACGGUAACUACACAAACAUUUCAUCCUAUGACUACUACGUUCAAACGGAUAUACCAAUCAACUUCACUACUAUAUCCGUCGAAAAUGAAACAUUCAGUUCAACCAAGCAACCAUAUAGCAUUCCUUCUGAUCCUACUGAUUCACCUCCCAUAUACGAUUGGAACAACAAUCCGUAUCCAAGUGGAUAUUCACAAAUUCACAUCAUCGUUACAUCAUUUUUCGUCACGUUAAUUAUGAUCAUCAUCGUGGUGGGUAAUAUGUUAGUGUGUAUUGCAAUAGCUACUGAAAAAUCACUGAAAACGGUGCAGAACUGGUUUAUAGCAUCUUUAGCUGUUUCUGAUUUUCUUGUUGGACUUGUGAUCAUGCCAUUUUCAUUAGCUAAUGAAUUAAUGGGAUAUUGGAUAUUUGGUCCCUUAUGGUGUGAUAUACAUUCAGCGCUGGAUGUGUUUUUGUGCACAGCAUCUAUCAAUAAUUUAUGUCUAAUCAGUUUAGAUAGGUAUUGGUCAAUAACUCAAGCUGUUGAAUACUUGAAAAAAAGAACCGCCAAACGUGCACUAGCUAUGAUAUGCUUUGUGUGGUUGUUAUCUGCUCUUAUAUCUCUUCCGCCAUUAUUAGGAUGGAAAAAGUUUGAUGAUCCUCCUGAUUAUCCUACUUGUACUGUGAGUGGAGAAAUCGGUUAUGUGUUGUAUUCAGCAUUAGGUUCAUUUUACAUUCCAGCUAUAGUUAUGGUUUUUGUUUAUAUACGUAUAUUUAUAGCAGCAAGAUCACGAGCUAGACGCCAUGUUAAAAAAGCACGCCAUGCACCAGAAAUUACUAACGAUCCAACUGGUAGAGAUAAAUCUACUACUACAACUACUACAUGCACAAGCUUUAGUAAUCCCAGUCCACCAGACAAAUAUCGUGAAAUUGAAUUUCAAUGUUCACCAAAGAAAAGAAAAUUAAACGGAACUAGUAUCAAAGAAGAGAGCCCUCCACCUACACCUCCUCAUACACCACAAAUUGUUAUCGAAUCUUCUAAAGACAGUCCAGAUAGAUUUUUACCUGGUCCUUCAUCACUGCCUUGUAUGGUUGAAGUGUUGGAAGAAAACGAUAAUAUGGAUGAGAACAGAAGCGACUGGAGGCAAAUGACAGAUUCGGAUGAAUGUACUUCACCCCCUUUCAGGAAAACAAAACAUUCUUCAUUAAAAGAUCCACUUCCAAGAUCAUCUUUAUUAAGUGCGCCGAAAUUCAUGAAAACUCAGUUUGGGUCUACAUUAUCAUUAGCGGAUUUUGAUAAACCAGAUUCAAAAAGACAAAGAAUAUUAAAUACGAGAAAAAGAAGAAAAGGUGGAAAAGUGAAAUGUCAAUCACUUCCCGUUCGUCAUGUUCCAUCAGAUGCUGAAAGACAAAAAAGGAAAUUAGCUAAAGCGAGGGAAAGAAGAGCUACUUUAAUAUUAGGUUUAAUAAUGGCAGCAUUUAUUUUAGCGUGGUUACCAUUUUUUGUGUUAUAUGUAGUAAAAGCUGUUUAUAGAGCAGAUAGUAUUGAUGAAAUUGGAUUUGCAAUUGCAUUUUGGCUUGGUUAUUGUAAUUCUGCUCUAAAUCCCAUCAUCUACACCAUUUUUAAUCGUGAUUUCAGACGUGCGUUUAGAAAAAUUCUCUUUAAAUAAAAUAAUAAUAAUAAUAAUAAUUGGUUUGAAUGAAGUACUCGUCUUCCAACAUGUCAGUGCCUGUUGGUGAAAUGCUUGGUGUAAAUUAUGAAAACUUGGAUCCAGAACAGGUUGAAAGACUUUUCUGAAAACAAAAGUUACAAUGUAUGUAUACCAACGUUGUUGAUUGCAUAUAUUGUAUUUUAUUCUAAACAUUUUCAUACAAAAUGAAAACAGUAAAAUCUUGAAAAUUUUCACAAUAACCUGUUGAUCACUGAAUUUCAGAUCUAAAAAUUUAUACGCACUUUUUUAUUCAAAACCUCUUAAACAAUGUUGUGUGAUUGUGAAACUGUACAUUAAAUAUUAAUCUAAGAGUACGUAUUUUGUAUCUACACUUUAAAUACGUUUGUUUUUGCACAAUGGUUUGUUAAAAUUUUAGAAUAUAUAUGUAUAUAUAUAAAUAUAUACACAUAUAUAUAAAUAUCUUUC